AUGGCUGACGAAAAGAAGCCGAACUCUUUAGGUUUCUUCUCCAGCUUCGACGAUUUGAGCGACAGCAGUGACUCAGACGAGGAGAAAGAGAGCCGAAAGAAGAAGAGUCAGAAAGCCGGGACAGAAGCUCCGCGAGACGGCGUCCAGUCCGAGCCGCAUGCCGCCAAACGGAGCGCCGGCGGAGCUCCGCUACCCAGACCCGACGAGCUGUUCAGCUCCGUGUCCAGGCCCGCUUUCCUCUACAACCCUCUCAACAAGCAGAUAGACUGGGACAGUCUGACCGUCAAAGCUCCAGAAGAGCCUGUGAGAGAGUUUAAGCCAUGGAAGACCAAUGCUGUUCCCCCUCCUGAAAGCUACACUGCUGAACCAGAGAAGAAGAAGGGACCUCCUCCAGGCAUGGACAUGGCUAUAAAGUGGUCCAAUGUGUAUGAAGACAAUGGGGAUGAUGCUCCACAAGCUCAUACUGGGAAAGCCAAGUUUCUUCCCACAGAGGAGCAACCUUCUGAUUCAGACGAAGAACCCGAGAAGCCAGCCCUCUCUGCCAAGAAACGUCGAGUGGAAACCUUCCAACAGAAGGAGAAGCGGAAGAGGGACUUGGGACAAGCUACCUCAGAUAAAAAUUUUGUAGAAGAGGAGAAACGGAUCCUCAGGCAGCAGAUUGAGUAAGAC